GUGUUAUGGUUCCCGCCGUAUAGAGACUUCACGGGAAGCACCGUGGUGACUGUGCUUUUUGUAAUAUUUUAUCAAACAAUUAUUUUUAUUUAUUUUUCUACAAUGCAUCUAGUAAAAAAGCUGGAACUUUUCCCCGACCACAGAGUGACCCAGAUGCUCUUCAAAGAAGUCAAAAACGCCGCCGAGUUGAGACAAAGCGCCAUGGAGGGGAAAAUAAAUGCUGCCCUGAUCAACCCUAUCAUGCUGGUGAAUCCUUUCCAAAUUCUGGUAGCUGCCAAUAAAGCUGUGCACUUGCAGAAAGUUGGAAAAAUGAAGACAAGAACUCUUUACUCAGAGAUCAUCUUCAAUCUGUCACCUACUAAUAAUAUCUCAGAGGCCUUUAAAAGAUUUGGGAUCUCAGAUGGCGAUGACUCCGUCCUGGUAGUCCUGGUUCACGACAAAGAGGAGUCGCAGUUCCUGUCAGACAUCUCAGCCAGAGUGGACGGCCGGCAGGUUCCAGUGGAAGAUGUUUCCUCGCUUUCAGACCACGCAAAGAUCAAAAAGCUGUACAAAAUCACUCCUCAGGAGGAGAAAUGUGGAAGUCUGCUUGACGCGGUCAUAUGCAGAAUGGCCACCAAGGAUGUUAUGUAGGUCCAAUGGGAUAUACUAGGCGUGAUUAUGAACUUCCGUGACUCCACCCAUAAACAAUGAAAGUCUACACUUUGAUCUCCACUUCAGCGUACUGUCCUUGUGCGGGACUGAACCUCUCCCUGGAAGUCCCGUUCUGAUCACACCAGCAGUUUCCCCAGGGACUUGAACCAUCAACUUCUUUGUCUGACUGAGCCAGCUAUGGCUUUGAGGAUCAUUAGGAGUCAUAAGAGCUGCUUCUACAGCUACAACCCACAGACCAAACAGCAGCUCGCAGUGGAAGAGAGUCCAAAAACAGUGCAUCAGGUCAUGGCCAGGAUCAUGUUUUUUUUUUUUUCCAACAACAUUCAGCAUGAUGUGCACCAGAGUCAGACUUUCAACACAAAGAUCAAAGAUUCUGAGGCAUUGGAAUGAGUGCGUUUAGCAGAAAUCAUCUAAACUCUGUUCACCUUUUCUUUCUGGUACACUGUAAACAGAAAACACUGAAGUUUUUCUUUGGUUACACAAACUAAAUUGUGUAACUAAUGCAGUGCUGUAAUAGAGACCACCUUGUUUAAUCUGGGUUUUUUUCCAGAGUUGCAGAACUUUAUGAUCACACCUUGUAAGGCCAGGAUAUGCCUAAUAUUAAUAGAGAAAAUGUGUGUGUUUUUGUUUCUUUUAACCCAACAGUUUGAACAAAAGUCUGUUUUUAAUACUGGUCCAGCACACUCUUAAGUUCAAAGCCAACAAAAAGCAUCUGUCUUAAUCUGUGUACUCUGAGCUCAGUCAAAAUAAAGCUUAUUUUUCUGAA